CGGGGUAUUUCCAGUGCCACGUAAUUAAAUUGAUAAAAUUAUAGGAUUUAUAAUCAUAACUAUCGUGUGAAAGUAUCUACGCAAUGAAGUAUGAAAACAUCCUCUCCCAAGUUGUGCCACUUCUUAGUUUUCUAGCAGGUUGUGCCUGGGGCUCCGAAGAUGAAACGCGCCUGGUGAAAACCAUCUUCAAAGGCUACAACAAGGUGGUGCGGCCUGUCAAUCACUUCAAGGAUGUAGUGGAGGUGACCGUGGGCCUGCAGCUUAUCCAGCUCAUCAGCGUGGAUGAAGUCAAUCAGAUCGUGACCAGCAACGUGCGCCUGAAACAGGUGUGGAAAGAUGUGAACCUGAAUUGGAACCCAUCUGACUAUGGUGGAAUUAAAAAGAUUAGAGUCCCAUCCACCGAGAUUUGGCGUCCUGACUUUGUUCUCUAUAACAAUGCUGAUGGGAACUUUGCCAUUGUGCACGAGACCAAGGUGCUGCUGGAGUACACGGGCAUGAUCACCUGGACCCCUCCGGCCAUCUUUAAGAGCUACUGCGAGAUCAUCGUCCUGCACUUCCCCUUCGACCUGCAGAACUGCAGCAUGAAGCUGGGCACCUGGACCUACGACGGGAACCUGGUGGCCAUCUAUCCGGAGAACGACCGGCCCGACUUGAGCAACUUCAUGGAGAGUGGUGAGUGGGUGAUGAAGGACUUCCGCAGCUGGAAGCACUGGGUGUUCUACGCCUGCUGUCCAAACACACCCUACCUGGACAUCACCUACCACUUCCUCAUGCAGCGCCUGCCCCUGUACUUCAUCGUCAACGUCAUCAUCCCCUGCAUGCUGUUCUCCUUUCUCACAGGCCUGGUCUUCUACCUGCCCACCGACUCAGGUGAAAAGAUGACUCUCAGCAUCUCUGUGCUGCUCUCCCUGACGGUGUUCCUGCUGGUCAUUGUGGAGCUCAUCCCCUCCACCUCCAGUGCUGUGCCGCUCAUUGGGAAGUACAUGCUCUUCACCAUGGUCUUCGUCAUCGCCUCCAUCAUCAUCACAGUCAUCGUCAUCAACACCCAUCAUCGCUCUCCCAGCACACACACCAUGCCACAUUGGGUUCGCAAGGUUUUUAUCGACACCAUUCCCAACAUCAUGUUCUUCUCCACAAUGAAGCGGCCUUCGAAGGAGAGGCAACCAAAGAACUUUUUGGCGGCCGACUUUGACAUCUCGGGCAUCUCUGGCAAGCCGACUCCAGAAGCAGUCAUCUUCCAGUCUCCCAUAACCAAGAACCCUGAUGUCCGCAAAGCUAUCGAGGGGGUCAAUUAUAUUGCGGAAACCAUGAAGUCUGAUGAGGAUUCUAACAACGCAGCGGAGGAGUGGAAAUUUGUUGCCAUGGUGCUGGAUCACAUUCUUCUGUGUGUGUUCAUGGCGGUGUGCAUCAUUGGCACCGUGAGUGUGUUUGCCGGUCGCCUCAUCGAGCUCAGUAUCCAAGGAUAG